CUCUGCCGAGCCUAAUCUAACUUUAUGAGUUAAGUCCAAGCUCGAAUCGUUUAUGUUUGGUUCAUUGACAGCCCUAAAUCUCGCCAAUGUCCGUGUCCGUGCUUUUCUGUUACCCUCUUUCUAUUCAUUCCCUUCUAUUCAUCUCGCCUCACUCAUUUACGAAACAAAUAUGAGAUAAAACUCAACUCGAUUUCUUCUUUCUUUCAAUUUGAUUGUUCCCAACGGUAUUCGAUUCCUCUUCGAUAUCAAAAAAAUUAUCAAUGUUCUGUAAUCCCUAAUAUGAUGAUAAAUUCAAACAAUUGAUUCGAUCUCGUGAUAAAUUCAAUCAAUCCCUACGACUUCGAUCUUUCAAUGCUCUUCUCUUUCAUCACCUAAUGGUUAGUACUUCUUCAACUUAUGCGUUUUCGUUUUGUUAAUCUCUAACGAAUACCCAAAACCCUAGCGGCAAUUUUCCUUCAGAAUGAAUGUUGUUUGUUUCUACAGUGUGCUUAGUUUUUUCUCUGGUCGAUUCAGAGUCGGUGAUGUACGUUGUAGUGUCGCUUGGUCACAUUUGAGGGUUCGAACGUUUGAUUAAUCGUCCAAGGUUUUGACGCUUCUGGUAUUUCUUCACAUGGCAGAGACUUCGAGGUCUCGAGUCACAAUCACUUUGGGACGUAGUGGGCAGGUGGUAAAGAGGGCAGGUCCUGCAGUAGAUGGUACGUUUUCUGAUUCUCACCCAGCAGCUGGAAGUCAGAGGUCGGUUAGAGAUAGACUAGGAGGAAGUGAUGUGGAUGGAGCCCAAUUCAACAGCAAAAGACAAAGAGGAGAUGGUGCUGCUAAUUCUGUUGGUGCGAAAAAAUGUGCUUAGGCAAGUUCAAAGCGAUGGCAAGCAGAAUGGAGUGGACCUUCGUGACACGCUGUCUAGGGAAAUUCGAUCUUCAACUUCUAAUCCAAAUAUGCGGCAGCGCAUGCCCGAACCAACCAGGCUGCACAUUUCUGAGCCAAUGGAUGUCAGCAUAUUUAGUCGAAUUCCUUCCACGAGAAGUGCAGAUGCAUUGCCCCAAAUAGAUUCCUUGAGAAAUUCGUAUUCUCCAUGGACUUUGGAUCGUUUAAGGCGAAGAUCACCGGAUGAAACAUUUCGAACAUCUAGGGGUCGUUCACCUCGAAGGAAUGAGGAAGAACUACCAAAGAGGCCAUUAAUGAGAAUAUAUGAUGAUGUCAGGACAGUUCCAUACAUGAGCAAAGAUGUUCUUGAGCCUUCAAGACCCAAGGGCUCUUCACCUUUUGUGACAAAAUCAACAGUAUCUUCUGGACCUGUGAAGGCUGUGGCACCCCCGCCGCCUCCAUCGAGCAGCAUUGUUCAAGAGAAGUUCAUACACAGUACAGACUACUAGCCUCCUCCCCCCUCCCUUGAAAUUAAAUAUUGUAGCUUCAUGUCACUUAGAUAUUUAAUCUAUAUGAUAGCCUUCGAUAUAUUUUCAUUA